AUGGGGGGCAGCUGGAGGAGGCGACGGUAGCAGACCACCAUAAGAUAGAGGAAGUGGCGAGAAUAGGGAAGAGAAAGGAGGAGAUAGGGUGGAGGGAAGGAGAUCUGCCCGGAAUAUUCCUUUUUUUUUUCUGAGUUCGGGUGAGGAUUCCGGUCACAUCGGAGCUGAAGGGGACCUGGAUCUGGAGCCUUUUGGGCGGGAAAGAACAGCGGCCGGAGGGCGGAGAUAACUGGCCGGGUGGAGCACAGGAGGAUGGGGAUGACCUGGUGACCUGAUUGGAUGACAACGACGGAUGGAGAGGCAUCGUGAAGCGAGGAAAGGUACCAUGGCGGCGGCGGCGACAAACGGAAGUGGCGGAGGGUCGUCAAGGAAGAGGCAGAGGAACAGCAGCAGCAGCAGCUUCAGAGACUCGCCGGAAGAGGAUGGGAGGAUGGAGAUUAGUGAGACAUCUACGAGGCUGCGGGAUCGAGGGACCAAGAAAGAUCGAGAUCGGGACAGAUCCAGCCGGAGCAGGAGGAGAAGAGGGGAGAGGUUGCUUCAUGGAAGCAAUAGAGAUGAAGGCGACGAGAGCUCUGAGGAGAGUAUGGAUCAGGAUGACGAGAAUGAAGAUGAAGAAGACGUGUCGGUUCCCGCGCGGUUGCCGCCGUCUUCUCCUCCUAUGCCAAUUUCUGCGGCGGCUUCCUCGCCGCAAGAAAACCACCAGCACCAACAGCUGCCCCGGAAGAGCUUUCUGCCAAAGGCGGUGAAGUGGAAGGCAGACGAGAUGAUUGGCGUUCCGGUACCAAGAAAAGCUCGUUCAGCAUCUACGAAAAGGGCGCAUGAACCUCCAGUUACAGGAGGAGGUGGAGCUGGCGCUGGCGCUGGCGGCGGUGAGCAUAUCACUCGCCAGGCUUCCGGAUCGCCUUCGAGGCUAAGUCCUGCUCCCACCGCCCAACUUUCUCCAUCUUCUUCCAACGGUUCCCUUCGAAAAAAGAUGAAGCCGACGAACGAAGCGAAACACUGGCCAAAGUUCUCCAAAUCGGCAUCUUUGUGCCAAGAUGAAAUCGAGAUUGAGAUCGCGGAGGUUUUGUUUGGAAUGACAAGGCAAUUCGACACUCUUGCAAAGCAAGAUGGCCACAAAAUGGAUUCUAGGGAUAUAGAUGGUGGAUCAGGCACUGAAGCUAAAUCGAGAGUUUCAUCACCUAGUUCCCUGUCUCCGUCUCCGGCAGCAUAUGCAUCUGCACUUCCUUCGUCCAUUUCAUGUUUUAAUUCAGCCUCGUUGCCCACGAUUGCUCCAAAGCAAAAAAGACCAAGACCCGUGAAGUUUGGCGAAGAAAGCCCCACGAGUCCAGUGGUUUUACAUAAUAUCUCAAGUUUAUCUGCACCUGCUCCCAAAGUGGGAUAUGAGAAUCCGGAAGGUUUAUCGCCAAGAUCAGGAAGCAACAGUGCAACUCCUACUGUGAAAACUGGAGGUGCGCCUGUUGAUAUUUCGGUCUCUCAGGAUGGGCUCUUCGACGGGCAACAGCAGGAAUCGGCAAAGGCUGAGAAGAGCAAGAUUCAAGAUCUGCUUCCCUCGACAGGAGGGUCCAUUAAAGGAGAUAGGGUGGAAAAUAGGGAAGAACUCGUUCUGUCACCAAGAGUAGACGUGGACGUCAGCCUGUGUGAAACUACCGCUAAAAAGAUCCCGCCCCAGAGAAUCAAGGAGGAAAAAUUUAAGUUCGAUCUCAUGGUUCUUCCUGGAAAGCUAUCUCCAGAGGGGAAUGACUUUAAUGUCCUUGACUCGGACCAUAAGCUACAGGGCCUGGAUAUUGAGAUGGCACCUGAAUUGAGCAAGGAUAAGGCAGAGGAAAAGCCUGCAGUGGUUGCAGUGAUGAAAGUUGAGCAUCAGAUUGAGAAGUCAGCCGAGAAAGAUACUAGUUUGAAGAAGCAAGCAGUCAUCAGGCAAAUCCCGGAGCUUCAACUUGAUCUGGAGAAGCCUAAGAAAGAGGAUGUUGGAUCUAAGCAGAAAGCUAAAGAUCCUAAAGCAGAGCCUAAACCGGGGAAAUCUGGAUCAGCAUCCUUGCUCCAUAUGCCAUUGACAGUUGGACCUUGGCCAGGGGCGAUUCCUCCUUACGGAUACAUGGGUCAAGUUCCACCUUUGCAGAUCGCGGCUCCGAUAAAUGGAACUGCAGAUUCAUCCUGUUCCCUGCAGCCACCUGCAUUUCUACAAUCUCAUCCUCGUCCGAACCGCUGUGCUACACAUUGCUUUAUAGCAAAGAUGAUAUCCAACUACCAGAAAUUUGCAAGGAUGAAUUGUUUCUGGACUGCUGGAGCUGGAGCUACACCAUUCUAUGCGGCUAAGCCUUAUAAUCAUAAUGUGGUUCUAUCUUUGGACAGUUCUCUUUCUGGAAAUCAAAUGCAGGGAGGUUUCCUUAGCACGAAUGCAGGCACAUUGCAAGACACUAAAGGGGCACCAGUAGUAGUUUCAUCAUACACACGUAAAAAUGCAUCACAGGAGAAGAUCUUACAAGCCAAUAAUACAAUCUCCGAAACUGCCCAGAGAAAGCAGCUUAUUCUCCAACAAAUGCCUCAGUCUGGAUCUGCAAGUAAUAUUCCACAUGGUCCUGCAUUCAUAUUCCCCAUAAACCAACCACAGCUACUACAGCCUGCUGCUGUGGCAGCUGGUGCUGGUAGAGCUGGGUCAGCAAAAUCAACUACUAGCUCUGGUGCAGAGGUGCGGACAUCUGUUGCUAUCAGUUCGUCUGUGGGUAGCAAUGGAGCUGGUGGAUCAGCAACUCCGAUGAACCUGAAUUUUGCAAAUAUGCCUACAAAUGAUGCUCAGUACGUGGCUUUUCUGCAAAACAAUGGAUAUCCAUUUCCUAUUCCUUCCCAAUAUACAGGGGCUCCAUUUAGAGGAAAUAAUAAUGCUCAACCAAUGCCCUUUUUUUACCCUUCUCACUUGCUUCACUCACAACUACGGCUACAUCAACAGCAACAAGCAGAAUCAUCGCCUCAUGUUCAACAAAGCAACCAGAAUCCAAGCACUUUGAGCGUGUCCACACAGAAGCAUUCACAGCAAAGCACUAAUGGGUUCCCAGCUACUACUCAGAUGCAAGAUCUCCUGCCCCAGCAAGCUCGUCCUAAAGAGUGCAUCAAGGGUGUGGAUGCAAAUCUCCACCUUGCAGAUGCUUCUGUUCAAAUGGGCAAUGCUGGGAGUCAUGGGAAUAAUCAGCCGAUCUAUCAGCAGGCACAACAGAAGCAGAACAUGAAGGUAGAAUUGUUACCUCAAGCUUUUACAGUACCGUUUGCAUCGGGUGGCGUUGUAAAUGCACCACCAGAUCUUGACUUCUCCAUGGCAGAAAAUCAUGCCAUUUUGCAAAGCCUUCCUGAAACUUUUAGGCAUGGUUACUACCAGAUGGCAGCAGCUGUUGCAGCUCAAGCUACUGAGCACAAGAAGAUCAACCAUGUAUCUGAAGAUGGGAAGUCUCUAGCUAUGGAGUUGAGGAAUACAAAUAUAAAUGAAGCGGAUGGAAAGACUGUAGUGGCUAGCAAGGGUAUUCAGCAAUCCUCUCUUUCAGUUGAUGUGUCUUCCCAACCACAUAAGCCCAUUCAACCUCCAGCAAGUAGAUUGUCUGACCAUUCUGCAGGCAUCAUGCCAGCUAGUACUUCUCUCACAGCUACAACCAUUGCUGGUAAUUCCCAUCAACAGCAACAUCUAAUUCAUCUUCCAAAGCACCAGCAGCAACAUCUGCAGAUGCAGCACCAUCUUGCAUCCUCUCGCUCGAAGCCCUCAAACUCAGGCAACAAUGUUGGGGUCCACCAUGAUAGUCUGCCUGCAGGUUCUACAAUUUCUAAGAACCCACAUGCUCUAACUGGGUUUCCUCAAGCUCUUAUACAAGGUGGCAAUCCGAUCCAUUGGCCUCAGGGCAAGUCGUCUGCUGGAAGAGGUGUAGAUCCUGGUGGAGCAGCACCUGCUCCCGUGGUUAAGAACAACUUCCUCCAACUGCAAGGCAGAGCAUCCCAACAGUCUCUUCCCUCCCAAGGCCACCAAACUCAGAUAUCCUUUGGCAUUAAUGGAAAUAAGCAGGGAGGUCAACACCUUUCUGGGGCUUGUGGCAGUCCAUCGUCAUCUUCUGCCACAGUGGCUGUUGGAUCCCCCUCGAAUUCAAUCUCAAAGAGCGCUGGUGGCAGCCCUAGAGCAUCUGCACACUUAAAACCUAGUCCUCAAGCUUCUGCAAUUUUGCUUAGUCAACAAACAAAUGUAAAGCAAUCAACAUCAAGCCCUAGCUCAAAGUCAAACACGAGUAACCCAAACAUGGUAUCCAUUCUAGGGCAUCAUGCUCAGAAACUUCCUGCCCCCAGCUCGACCACUAAACAGCAACAGCCUCAGCAACCAAAACAACAAUCUUCUGAGGCUCAGCUCUUCUUUUCUAAUCCUAAUUUGCAGCAAGUUCAAUGUGCUCAAUCCAAUGCUUCUGCAGCUCAAUAUUAUCAGAAGAGGCCAUAUGAACAAUCAAGACAAACUCAACAACAGCAGCAACACAACUCAGGUCCAUCUGCUUCCGGUAUGCUUUCCCUUUGUGCCACAUCAGCACUUACAUUGGCUGGUGUUCCGACCGCAUCGGAUCCAACAAAAGCCACCAUGGCAGUGAACUCUCUUGCUGCAGCUAAAAAUUUGAAGGGUUUGCCACCAAAUAGCUUUCUUAAUGCUGCUCAGCUAGCUGUAGCAGCUCAGUCUGCCUCAGCCUCUCCUCUAUCUCCAAUUUCUGCUACGUUCUCAUAUAUGUCUCUGCCACCAUUUUCCGUGAAGCCCACAGCUGAGCAGAAGCCUACAGCUGGUAAAUCAACUGACAAUUUGCAUAGCUGCUGGCAACCUGAGAAGAGGUAAUACUGUGCAAAAACAAAGUAUGUUGGAAGGAUGAAUGAUGAUGCUCGGGCACAUUGAUUGCAUCUGAGCUUCUUGCUGCUUCUGGAAUGGAACAAUAAGAAUAAGAAUCAACAUUCCCUUCUAUCCAAAUCUAUGCACUGGAGAGAAAAUUUCAAGGGGAUAAAAAUUGGAGAAGCAAGCUGAACCGGAGUUGAUUCAUAGCCUUCAGCAUUUUGACAAGUGGGUUAGGGAAGCAACCCAACAGUUUAGGGAAGGCAAUAACUGUACAAAAGAUAUUAUGAUUUUGUAUGAUGUGGUCAAAUGCUAACCACUAGAAUCAACUGUUUCUUUUGUUUAAUCUUAACUCAUUAACAGAACUGAGAUAAUUAAAUCAAUAUCAUCCCUUUGCUUGUA